AUGGGAAAUAUAACCAAGAGAGAAAGUAGAGACCUGGCCACUGAGAGUGCCAAGUUCCUGGAAGAUGGCCCAUCUGUUGCACUUCACACAAAACUCUAUGAGGCCAUAAUGAGAGAAGACUGCACUACAAUCAAAGCACUCCUAAGAAACCACCCUGUCAACCAGCCCAUGACCAUUCUGGCCAACUCCAUCAGCUACAGAUUACUUCUGAACCAGCAGACACAGUCUAUCAUCCCCAUUCAUUUGGCUGCUGAAUACCGCAAGGCACAAAGUUUGCUUUGUUUGUUAGAACAUGGUGCUGACCCAGAAGUAAGGGACACGAGAGGCCUCACCACUCUCCAUCUGAUGCUACUGCACUGGCCAAUAACUUCUACCACAUGGACAAAACCAGGCAACAGAAUCCAAAGGAUCCUGACAGACAUUCAGAACAAUGCUAUAAUGUGUCUCCGCAUCUUGUGUGAACAUGGAGCUCAAGUUAAUGCUCGUGUAGAUAACAGCAACAAUCAUUCACCACUCCACCUGGCCAUAACUUAUGGUACCUAUCCAGUUCUCUCCAUUUUGGCCCAAAAUGGUGCCCAUAUCAAUGCUAUUAAUGAAUCCAGUAUGACACCCCUUCACAUGGCUGCAGAUAUCCUAAAUAGGGAGAUGAUGGAAACGCUCAUUGCCUGUGGAGCAAAUGUUAACUGUGCGGUCUCUUCCACGGGGAACACGGCCCUGAAGCUGGCAGUGUGCACUGCAUCAAGCAAAGCAGGCCGACUGCUGGGAGUAGGGAUGAGCUGCAUCCGUUUGCUGUUAAUGAACGGAGCCAAAGUCAAUGCCCAGGACCACGAAGGUCAAACAGCUAUCCAUGAAGCAUGUUUUGGAGGAAGGGGGACAAUAAUCAACCUCUUGCUCGAAUUUGAAGCAAAUGUUAAUAUUUUAACAAGAAAUGGGGAAUCUCCAAUUUAUAUGUACCUUCAGCGCAGUUCCAAUAUUAGAGAUAAGACACUUCUUGCCAGGCUACUUUAUCACACUUAUCCUUUGAGGCUGACCAACAACCAAGGGAUUCUACCUGCAGGAAUCAUGCUACCAGAAUUCCACCUGUUAAGGGAAACUCUAAUAAAGCUAUCCCAAAACCCUUUAUCUCUAGAAGAUAUCUGUAAAAGAAACAUCAGAAAUAUUUAUGGUGAGAAAUACAAACAACACUUGAAGCAACUUCUCCCAGUGAAGAUAUGGAAUUCUGUAUACUGUUACUACAAUAUAACUUACCUCUUAAAAUAAGGUCUCAAAGUUUCAUGAUG